AUCCAGUAAGACAGGCAGUUGGUCCGGCAGAGGCAGACCACGAGCCCCCACAGCGCUCAAAACACAGCAACCUGCGAGUCUUCUCGAGGAGAUAAAACGCAGUCAGGAUUCGGCCAAACCGUCAGCACGUCGGCGACAACGCGUGGGACUGAUCAUGCUCUGCGUGGCCGUUUCAAGAACGUUGGAGAUCCAUCAGCAGCCAUCGGCCAUAGUGGUCUUCUUGUUGUUGGUGAUCAGCUAACUGCAGGCUAACAUCUCGCUAUAGGUUGACAGAAUCACGAUGGGCGCGAGGCAAUCUCGCAGUUUCUCCAGCAAGGAGCUGAACGACGGAAGUGCCGGUCAAAGCGGGAAGGGAUCCGGGAGAGACGACCAGCCCAGCCUUUCCUCGGCUGCCGAGAGGAUCCGUAGAAACACCACGGUGCACUUUGGCUACAGCACCCUCAGCCUGGCCAUGCGGGCCCUCGAUCAAACCCCUUCUGAGCUUUGGGAGCUGCGAGAGCUGCAAAAGCUAAACUUGUCCAUGAAUUGCCUGUGCUCUCUGCCCCCUGCUCUGGGCGCUUUGGACAAUCUGGUGAUCUUGAACUUGUGGGGUAACAACCUGUCCAGCCUCCCGGCGGAGAUCAGCCUCCUGAAGAAGCUGCGCGUGCUUUUCGCCUGCCGCAACCGCCUGAGCGAGGUCCCAGAGGAGCUCGGCUCCUGUACCUGCCUGGAGGUGCUCAGUCUGGCCAACAACCAGAUCACGGGCCUCCCCGGCAGCCUGGCGGCCAUGCGCAACCUGACCAAACUCAAUCUCAGCCACAACCGCAUCACACACAUCCCCGCCUGCGUCUACAGCAUGAAGGGCCUGGUUUUCCUCCAUCUGGCUUGCAACCGUCUGGAGACCAUUGCGGACCAGAUCCAGGAUUUGGUUAACCUGAAGAUCCUCAUCGUGGAGGGAAACAGUAUCCACUCACUGCCUAAGACGCUGUGCUUCAUGGAGUCUUUAGAACUUCUCAAUGUUGACUUCAAUGAUCUGCAAAAUGUGCCGAUGGAAAUGUACCUACUGAGCAGGCUCGGCAGGUUGGCCUGCCACCCAAUGGAUAAAGGCCUUCAUAUCAUCCACAACCCCCUCCUCAAGCCUAUCCAGGAGGUGCUGCAAGGGGGACUCAGUGCCCUCUAUAACUACCUCAAGCCCACGUGAGGGACUCCUGCUGUGUGUGCAUUUGUGUGUGAGUGUGUGUGUGUGUGUACAUGCGUGAGUCUGCAUCUAAAAGAGUCCUAAUGGGAUGUUGGCACCAGUCGGCACGUGGCAGUCAUGCUGUGAGCCAUGUCUUUCGCCCUGAAAGGCAUUAUCGUAUUAAGAUACCAUCAGUCAACAAAAAUGAUUACCAGCACUCAUUGGUACUGUGAUUUCCUGUUUGUUUUUUUAAUGUGUAAUGUGAAAGCUGGGUUAAAUUAAAAACUAAUUAAAGUAA